AUGUCCCUUCUCACACAUCCCAUAGCACUCUCCCUCAUCCCGACGACGAUCUCCGCCGCCGUGGUUGGAUUCACGUCCCCAAGAUCCCUCUACCGGCUAGCAUUCCUACUCCUAAUCCUAUAUCUGACUUAUCUCGGCGUUUCCACAGCCUUAGAAAGAACGCAGUCAACUUUCUUGGCGUCAUGGAUGGGCGUAGCGCUCGGUGUCGGGGCUUUGCAAUACAUCGAAGUUGCUCUUGUUAGCGAGUGGGCCUAUGAAACCCAAGGCCCGGCUUUAGGAUACGCACAUUGUCAUGGAUUAUCGAACAAUGACGCCAAGAUGCAGAAUAACAAACAAGACGACAGCAAUUUCAUUGAUCGCUUCAAGUAUGGUUUCCGUGUCUCUCUAUCCUACCGCAAUUGCGGCACCAGGUAUGAGGUCAAGAACGUGGCUCCUUUCGACCAAGAUAAUCCAGGUUACAUACCCCUUCGACUGCAAUUUUUACAGCAAAGUACAUUCUCCGCUGUAGCUUGUUUUCUCUUCUUGAACCUCCCCAAUUUAAAAAGGGAAGAUAUCCACCUGUACCCCAGUGUCUACUCGCCAGAGAAAGUCCUCCUGUUCUCACGUCUGGCCGAGGUGUCAAGCGAAGAAAUCAUCGUCCGAAUUACAACUAUCAUGGAUAUAUGGAUGCGCAAUUAA